UGGUGUUUGUGUGAUAUCGUGAAAAAGGUGGAAAAAAAAUUGUUUUACUUUCCACGGUCCAAUCCGAUGCAAAAAUAAAUGGAAUGGGGGUGUGUAUGCUUCUGGACUAUAAACGGAGGUGAAAAAAGUGGUUGAAGUUCAUCAAUACUCUUAUACCAUCGAAAUAAUCGCGAAAAAUGCCGGCGUUGAGGUACACAAUUUAUUCCAAGUUGUUGACGACCGAAAUUGUGAGUUUUUGUGAAAGCAGAAUGAAGAAAAAAUGAAGAAGCCGGUUACUGGCCGAGUAAGAUUAUUUGCUGGGAUGAGAAGUGUAAUAAAAAGUUGAAAAUUAUACGGGAAAAUAUUGUGUGAUUGUGGGACUCGCGUUAACGCGUUUACAGGGACUUUUCUAGGUUAGGUCGCCGGUACAUAACCUGAGUGUGGCAUCUUGGAGUGAUUACGGGGAAAAAAAGUUUUACAAGUUGGAAAAUCGAAUUUUGUGUCUCAAGUUUUGUCGAUCCAUUUUUUAAUUUGCACGUUGCAGUGUUUUUUUCAUCCAUUUUAUUCAUUUUUUGUCAGUGCUGAAGUUUUAAAAAAAGGUGAAAUUUAUGAGUGAUUGGUUUUUUUGGGGCUGCGCGAUGGGUGAGGUGGAGUGAGGAUUUUUUGUGAAAAAAACGAUGAAGGCCAAUGGAACUAAUAAUGGCUGUAGCCGCUUGAAUACCCCACUGGCAGCUACAACCACCCUGGAGGAUCCAGGAACCCCAGCGUCAUGGAAGGGUCCACCACCAGGCUCGGAGGCGUCUCCAUUUACGCCAAAUUCCGUUGGCCAAGGUGGUGGCCCUGGUGGUGGCCCUUACAACAGCGCUGGUGGCCCUCCAAGUAAUGCUGGAGGUUUCCAAGGACCUUCGCCAUUUCCUGGUGGUGCUGGGAGUCCUGCAAGUGCCCCACCUUAUCAGGGGCCACCUCCUGGCUCAGGGACACCUCAGUACACAGCCUCGCCUGCACCCAGUGGCUCUUCCACCCCUGGGCCUGGUCCACCCCAAAACCAAAGUGGUUUUCCGCCCCCGCCGAAUAAUACAGGCCCCCCUUACAAUGGGCCAGGACCAAGUCCCUUCGGAUCACCUUCGAGUGGCCCUCCACAGUUUGUUGGGAGGCCUGGCUCUUCGGGGCCACCUUUUGUGCCUCCUGGAGCUGGGAAUCCCCAUUUUCCUUCGCCCGGCCAACCCUUCGGGGGCCCGCAGUAUGGAAUGCCACCAGGAAGCCCUUUUGGAGGAGGUGGGGGCCAUCCCAUGUCAGGACCCAUGGGCCCUGGACACCCCAUGAUGGGGCCUGGAGGACCUGUUGACAGAAUGGAUCAAGG